UCUUUUUUUUUUCUUGGAUGUUGAGGAUUAUUGACAAUAGAAACAACAACCACGUGUAUACAUAAAGGCUUUCUAGGAUAGACAUCGACAGAACAAACCUACCCCUCUUUUUUUAUUAUACAAUGAUGAUGAUGAAACCACCUGCAUAUACCAAAAUUCAAAAUCCACUCUUAAAUCCGCCAAGUUACAUUGUUUAUAAUGAUGUUCGAUUUUUAAUUAUUGACACCCCAUGCAUCAGUAAUAUGUCCAGAUAUAUAAAAGAGUUUGAACGAUGGAAUGUGACAGAUGUUGUUCGAUGCUGCAAAGCGACUUAUUCGCAGACAUUAUUAAACGAUCAUGGCAUAAAAGUUCAUGACUGGAUAUUCUCGGAUGGUGAUCCACCAUCAAAAAUCAUUAUUGAUGAAUGGUUGAAUUUAGUGGAUAACACUUUCAAGACUGAGCAAGAUGAAUAUGACCAAGAAGAGAAGGAUGAUGAAGAUCCAUCCGUCAUUAAAAAGAGACCCUGUAUUGCAGCUCACUGUGUAGCUGGAUUAGGAAGAGCUCCUGUGUUAGUUGCUAUUGCAUUGAUUGAAGAAGGGAUGGAUCCUUUGGAUUCAGUAGCUUUUGUUCGUAAACACCGCCAAGGUGCGAUUAAUAAGAGACAACUAAAGUAUCUCGAGUCCUAUAAAAGGCGAUCCAACCAAGCCUCGUGUAUCAUUAGCUGACAAAAGGAGAAAUUUCUUUUUGUUUUUAACCCCUCACUUUGUAUAAAUCCCUUUUUUGACUUUCUUUUGCUAUGCCCACUAAAUCCCAUAUAUAUAUAUUUUUUCUUAGCUAUUAGGAUUUAUUACAUACAUUUCUGUUGCCCCUUCUCUCCACACCUACACACACAAACACUUUUUUUUUCUUAAAAAAAACUUUAUUAAAAAAAACAUUAAUGAUAUAAUAAAACAAAAUUAGUAGUAUAUGAAAAAAAGGGAACUGACAGUAAUUAUUUACUGCAAUAGAUA